UUGAAAUGCAAGUCCCGAAAAACCUAUCGAUAACACGCACGUUUCCUUUUUCCUGUAACUCUGACGGCCGCCUCGUUUUCUGGCAAAGUAAAAUCAUUUUAUCUGUGAUUCAGAAUAUAUAUGCGUAUAUAUUCUUUGUGAGCUAUUCCGUGUGACGAAGUGAAGUGACAUUCAACGAUCUACGCAACAAUGUCGGACCUACCACCGCAGCCCACAUUCGCUGACGUGCUCAGAGGUUGCCCUGCAGUGCCGCCUGCCUCUGCCUCUGGCUCUGCCACAGCAGCUGAACGGCAGCAGGAGGUUCGUGGCUCAUCUGUGUGGAUCAACAGCGCCGCACCGAGCCAGGAGCCGAUGCACAACCGCAACGGGGCACAGCCACCAUUGCCAGGAGCCAUACAAUCGCCGGCAACUGACUUGAGGGAAAUUCUUUUCGGCGGCCCCGUUCACGUGCCGGACGAUGUCCGAGAUGUUGAGUUUCUUGGCCCGUCACUGCUGCCGUUUGCUCCCAUUGCAGGGGAGCAAGCAAACGGGGCAGCCAAUCCACAUCAAGCGGCUGGAGCAGAACGUGACCCGCUGCUGGCUCCCAUAUACGCACUGCCACAGGCAGCACAAAGUGGCCCGGCUGCGCGCGCUUCAUUCAAUAGCCAGAUGAUGCCACCACUGCUGGACUCCAACCAGAACAUUAUACCGGUGCUCGAUUUGCUGGACAUUUUCCAGACCAUAAACAACGAAGCCAACGCAACGCUUGCGCACAUGCAACGGCAGCGGCAACGGCGCAUGUCGGACCGUUGGCGCUUGUCGGACGAGUGGCGCAUGCCCAUUGAGAACCAGGCACAGGCACAGGCACGGGAACAGCCACAGGUACAGCCACAGGCACCCAUGCAGCCACCACAAGCUCGGCUGCAGCCACAGGGCAGCAUGCAGCAGAUGUGCCGUCACUGCUUGCAGGCACUGGGCCACCGGAUUCCACAGCAGUCCGGCCGCCUCUUCCCAGCCCCUUGCUGCGCCGUGCGUCGCACACUUGCGACUCCGAGCAUGGGGCAAGUGGCAAAGCCAAAUUAUCCGUCCAAUGGCUGCCUGGGAACCAGCGGAGCCCUGGUUCCCUUCGGACCGAAUGUGCGUCCGACAAUUGGCAGUGAGAAUGGUGGGUCAGUGCCACCCCGCGCCGAAGAGGACACCCACGUCGGGGAUGACCACAGCCAGCUGUCGGUGACCAAUGGAGGCACAGGGGAUGGAUACUUUGUCCGCUCAAACAAGGAGAACUUGGGAUAA